AUGGACCGCUCCCCCGUCCCCUUCCCUACGUUGCCUCUUCAGGCGGAGGAGACUCACAAUGCGGACUCUCGUCCUGCUCUGUCCUCCCGUGUCCAUUCCUCCCCCUCGCUCCCUAACCUCUGGCUCCCCGCUCCUCCUGGGUCUGCGCCCCCUCGCCUCGCGCAACGCUUUCAAGCGCGAUAUCGCCCUCAUCUCCGACCCCUCGACCUUGCGGCCACGCCAGACACAUCUCCGUCAAAGUCGAAGUAUACCCAGAGCAAAAGAAGCACCUCUGGCUCUCCGUGCCGUCCCGCUGUCCUGCUGACUCCCCCACUGACCCCCUCGUCGUCGUUUAACUCUACUACUAAUGAUGGGCCGUCCACCCCUCCCGAGGCUAAUUCUCCCUUGCGUUGUGUAUACCCCACCGACAGGACGUUCAACGGUCCUUCGUCCAUAAUUGACUCUCCCACGGCCUUGAAAGGGCACGCGCCACUGCCGCAGGGGGGAUACUUGACGCCAUCCAGUGGACGCUCGCAUUCGAUGUCGUCAGAAACCGACUCUGGAUAUGCUGUUUCUGCGACGAGUGCUGGCCCCGAUGCCGUAUCUGCACUUGCUGCCGGAUUGGCUGACACGGAUAUCACCCCUCGAGACGAGAGAAAAGCCAGCUUUUGUGUUUCUAGCCAGCCUGCUGAGUCCGCCUCAUCCGUGGAUAUCGAUUUUAGCAACAGUACAGGCGAAAUCGAGCCCAGUCAUUUUCUCCUGGCGUCCCAUGGCGUUAUCAUCAUCGCGUUCUUCGAUAUACGCGAGUCGAUACGUGCGCAGAGGCAAAUUCCUAGCCAGUCUUUGCCAGGCUUGGAAGAAGUUCGUCUUGAUGCCAGGUUUGUGAACACAGAGCAAUUGGAGGCUGUGAGUCUAUGUGUCCCUAUACCGCUGUCGCUGCGGAGGAUUGACAGUGAUCCACUUCUUUCCCCCACCUCCUUUCAGACCAUUGGAAGAUCUUCCUUCAUCAACGAGACUGAUGGUGCGCUCUUCGUUUCCGUUGGGGACCACCGCUUCCAGGCGCCAGCGUUGCAAAAUCUUCUCUCGUCUUUCGGCGAACUCAAAUCAUUCGAGUUGGUGGACCCACAUGAUCAAACAUACCAUGUUGAAUACUACGAUAUACGCGAUGCACACAAUGCUCAUCGCGCCUUGCACAGUCGUACGUUCCUCGGCGUCCGUUUGCAUUUGUAUGCGAAGAAAGAUCUGCCGCUCGAGUGCCCUACUCAAUCGGAUGACCCUUUCCAAAUCACUACCACCUUGACCAGCCCAUCAUAUCAACCUUCUUUGUUACUGGGAUCUACGGAGGCCAUUGAGGAGCAGAAGCAGCAGGCAGAUAGAGAGAUGCGUUUCACACAAGGCCAUGUUAGUGCUAGUGAAAGCAUCGGCGCUCCGGAUGCUGUACGGCGGUUAUGGAAGGGCAGGGAAUCGCCUCAGGAGCACAGCCGUCGUUGCUCCAACGACCUAUUCUUUGAUUCUGUCGGCAAGGUGAUCGUCUCGCCUCAGACACCUUCUAGGCCAAGGUCUAUCAGUAUUGGCCCCGAUGACUUGGCUGGAGCUGCCAGGCAUCAACGUACGAGCGAACACUAUGCUCCCCCAUCGCCAGCCCAUCAAUUCGCGGAAGUCCCCCGCGCCCAGCCUUACACGGGCUCGCCUGCGAUGUAUGUUCCGCAGGAUUAUGCCUUCCCGACGGUCUCCUACCCAGCGCAGGCCGGCAUAUAUGCUGAAGCCACUGUUCCGAGUGUCGCCAACAUUCACUGGGCGUAUGCUGCGCCUCCUGUCCCAGCCAUCGAGGGCAAGGAGGCUCUCGUCGAGAAGUUCAAGAACUCUUGCAUAAUGGACGAGCGCGAGUCGUGGCGCCCCAAAAUCUUCUAUUCUGACGGACCGGACCAGGGUCUUCCGGAGCCGUUCCCCGCGCCGACGCACCUGCGCAGGAAGGAGCGGAGCUCCCACAACCGCGGCGCAUUGUUUGUGCCCGGUCCUAAUUAUCAGCGGCGCGAAGCGAGCGAGAGUCCAUCGCUAUUCCACCGACGCCCUCAUCCGCCGCGCAUGUCUGCUCGCUGA